UGAACGAAGGAACGAACGGUUUCGGAACGCAGUUCAUCGUCUCUUUCGAAGUGUUCCUUCGUGCAAGAUGACGAAGGGUACGUCAAGUUUUGGUAAGCGGCGGAACAAGACACAUACGUUGUGCAGACGAUGUGGUCGUAGCUCGUAUCACAUCCAGAAGUCACAAUGUGCUCAAUGUGGAUAUCCUCAGAAGAAAAUGCGAUCCUAUAACUGGUCAGUGAAAGCAAAGAGGAGGAAGACCACCGGUACUGGUCGCAUGCGUUACUUGAAAAUUGUUCGGCGUAAAUUCAAGAAUGGAUUCAGGGAAGGUUUACCGAAACCAAAAGCUGUUGCAACUAUAUAAUUCUGACUUUUGUCGAUGUGUUGUAUAUUUGUAAGAUUUUGACUGCUAAUAAACACAAGAAAACUGUAA